AAACCCAAAACAACCUCAGAGGGCUGAGAGGAGGUGACGGCUUCGCUUCCGGGUGUCGGGGUGAGAGGUCGUGGCGUCAUGUGACCCCAAGAUGGCUGCGGGGCUGCGGCGUCCGUGAGGGAGGCGGCUGAGCGGGGCCCGGUGGGCAGCGGGGCCAUGGCGGCGGCGUGAGGCGGCGGCGUGAGGCGGCGGCGGCAGCGGGAGAAGGGACGACGGCGGGGGCCCGGCGGCGGGCGGGCCGGGGCCGGGGCUGCGGCGGGGCCUCCCGCAGGGCCCGGCGGUGGCGGGGGGGGCUGGGGGGGCCUCGCUGCUCCAUGUCGGUCCCCUCCUGCGGGAAAUAUGAUCAGCGCCCCUGACGUGGUGGCCUUCACCAGAGAGGAGGAGCUGGAGGAUGAGCUGUACAGUGAGCCGCCCCUGCCCGAGGAGUACUCGGUGCCGCUCUUCCCCUUUGCCGGCCACGGCGCCAACCCCUGGGCCAAGGUCGCCAGCUCCAAGUUCACCCGAGACUUCAUCCUCAUCUCCGAGUUCUCGGAGCAAGUGGGGCCUCAGCCCCUCCUGACCAUCCCUGAUGACGCCAAAGUGUCAGGCACUUUUGAUCUCAAUUAUUUUUCCCUUCGAAUCAUGUCUGUGGAUUACCAGGCUUCCUUUGUGGGUCACCCUCCCGGCUCUGCCUACCCGAAGCUGAAUUUUGUGGAGGAUUCCAAAGUGGUACUGGGGGAUUCAAAGGAAGGAGCCUUUGCGUAUGUGCACCACUUGACUCUGUAUGACCUCGAAGCCAGGGGUUUUGUGAGGCCCUUCUGCAUGGCCUAUAUUUCUGCUGAUGAGCACAAAAUCAUGCAGCAGUUUCAGGAGCUCUCCGCUGAGUUCUCCAAAGCCUCUGAAUGCCUAAAGACGGGGAACAGGAAAGCUUUUGCUAAUGAACUGGAAAAGAAACUGAAAGAUCUUGACUACACCAGGACUGUCCUGCACAACGAAACUGAGAUACAGAAGAAAGCCAAUGACAAAGGGUAUUACACGACCCAAGCCAUCGAGAAGGCCAAUGAGCUGGCCAGUGUGGAAAAGUCUAUCAUUGAGCACCAAGAUCUGCUAAAACAAAUCAGGUCAUAUCCCUACAGGAAGCUGAAGGAGUCUGACUUUCACCCCUACGAGCCGGAGAGUGCGCUGGAUCACGCCAACGUGGGCUGCGAUCAGGACCUGACUACCUCCGACCUUGCUGAGCCUGGCGAAACCCACCUUUACACCCACAUGCCAUCCUAUACCCCCAAGCUCAUCAAAGCAAAAUCUGCCAAAUGCUUUGACAAGAAGCUGAAGACACUGGAAGAACUCUGCGAUAUUUAUUUUUUCACCCAAACCCUUGACCAGUUGCAUCAGAUCGAGAGGACUUUCAGAGGGGAUGUGUGCUACCUCCUGACAGAGCAGAUCAGCAGGGCACUUUUAAAGCAACAAAGCGUAACUAACUUCCUCUUUGAGGAUGUAUCUUUUCUGGAUGAAAAACAGUACAGAGGCUGCCAGGGCCUCAGUCAAGAUGCCAUGGAUAGGAAGUGUUCAGAAGAGUCCCCCGCUCCUAAAGUGGUCAUCAGCCUGGGAUCCUACAAGUCCAGUGUGGAGUGCGUGCCCAUCAAGAUGGAGCAGGAAAUCGAGGACUCCCAAGAACCAAAAAUGACUGAGUCUGUGACAUUCGAACACCAGGAGAACCUGGACUAUCUCGAUGCAGAUAUUAAAGGCAGCAUCAGUAGCGGUGAGAGCAUUGAGGUUCUCGGAACGGAGAAGUCUGCACCUGGCUUGACAAAAUCGGAGAGCCAGGCCAGCCUGCCUGUCAGCCCCAGUCCCCAGGCAGGCAGGAGCAAGGUGGGCAGCCGGCGGACCGUCAGCGAGGACAGCAUCGAGGUUCUCAGUACAUGUCCCUCAGAGUCACUCAUCCCGGAAGAUUUCAAAGCGAGCUACCCAAGUGCCAUUAAUGAGGAACCUUAUGUGGAUGAUGAAGAGGGAGGCCUUCAUUUCACCCCCAAACUAAACCCUGACAAUGCUGAUGAGCAGGAAGACAUUUCAAAACAGGAAAACUUAGUGCAGGUGGAUUCUGCCUGUUGUAUCGGGAAGGAGAGUCCCAACUUCCUUGAGCCUUUGCCUGACCUGGGACAGAAGCCCUGCGAUGACGACGGGGUGGUCAGGAUCCCCCCACAGCCAUACCGGCAGGCUGAGCAGGGGCUGCGUGGGAGCUUUGGGGGCUUCCCCUCCCACGAUGGCAUCUCCGGGGGGCUUCUUCCCUACGAGCUUGACCCUCGCUACCUGACGGGCAGCAGGGAGGUCAGUAGGAGCAGCUUGGACGAGUGCUCGGACUCCACAAGCUAUAUCAGCAGCGCCGCCUCCACGUGCUCCGACAGGACCCCUUCUCCUGCUCACUUUGCCUGCCAGGCGAGUGAAAGGCACAAAAAAAAGGCUGGCCAGAACGCACUGCGGUUCAUCAGGCAGUACCCCUUCGCUCACCCCGCCAUCUACUCCCUGCUCAGUGGGAGGACCCUGAUCGUGCUGGGGGAAGAGGAAGCGAUAGUCAAGAAGCUUGUGACGGCGCUCUCCAUUUUUGUGCCGAACUGCGGCAUUUACGCCAAGCCUGUGAAGCACUGGGUCACUUCCCCUCUGCACGUUGUGGAUUUCCAGAAGUGGAAGCUGAUCGGACUCCAGAGGAUGGUGUCGCCUGCUGGGGUGAAUGUGCUGCACACCCUGAGCCGAUACAGCCGGUAUGUCAGCAUUCUGGACGCUGACAGUAAGACUCUCCGCUGCCCGCUUUACAAAGGUACCUUGGUGUCCCGGCUGGCAGACCACCGCACACAGAUCAAACGAGGAAGCACCUACUAUAUGCACGUCCAAAGUAUUCUCACCCAGCUGUGUUCAAAAGCCUUCCUCUUCACCUUCUGCCAUCAUUUGCACCUUCCCAUUAGCGAAAGGGAAUCGGAAGAAUCCAUUGUGAAUCGCAGGAUGAACUUCCUGAAGCUUCAGCUGGGCCUUGCCAAUGAAGAUAUCAAAAUUGUACAGUAUUUAGCUGAGCUGCUGAAGCUGCAGUACAUUCAGGAACCCAGCCAGGGGGUGAACCCUAUGCUCAGAUUUGACUAUGUUCCCAGCUUUUUGUACAAAAUCUAGCCUUGCGCAGGCUGUGUGCCUGCGUACCUGGAGUCUGACAAAGCUCAUCCAUGCUUGACAUUGACGCUGUCCGCAGUAGCUCUCAUAUGUCGGGAAGGGGUGAAGAAGCUAAUGCAUUCGCAAGAGUCUCUGCUCCACAGAAAUCGGUGUCUGAGGGACACCAAUUCUGUGUGGUUCCCUGUAGCCAAGAAUGUAGAUGUUCCAUCACAUAAAACACUGGGCACUCUUUUUUUUAAAUGUUAGAAGGGGCGCUAAUAACAUUUGAAGAGUAUCAUGGCAGCAUCCCAGGGGGAUUAUGGCAUGGAGAGAGAGGUGGGCUGUCUUGGGGAUCAAUACUAGUGUGCAGCCCCUGAAAUAACACAGUGCUCUGCAUGCUUCUGCCAGAACCCUGAACUGAUGGUCCCUUCUGUGGAACCAGGGUGGAGACUACAGGGGAGAUGUAAAGGCCACGUGCAGUUUUUUAAUCCACUGGUGUCUCACAUGAGUGUAGCUCUUGGAAGCUCCCUGGCAGGGUGGCAGCUUGCAGUUACCUGUCUGUGCACAGUGGUAGCGGAUGGUGUCCCUUCCUGCAUUUUUCUGAGUUUCCUGGUGCUUCCCAGGAAAAGGUUGUCCCUGGGUGGGUGGGAGUGCAGUGGAGGCACACGUGCUUCUCUCCAGGAGGUGUUUGCCAGUUUCUCUCAGUUUUGUUAAAAUCUGGAACGUGGAAGGACUCCUUAAUGCUAGCGAACACCGAGGCACCCAUUGCUGUGAAUGUAGAGCACUGUGCCUUGUUAAUUUGUCAUGUCCUAUUUGCUGGGCCACCUCCGAGAAGGGGGGGUGGGAGACUGGGAAUCCUCAAAGCGUGUGAGGUCGAGGGUGGCCUUUUAAGGAGAGAGAGGAACUGACCCCUCAUUUGGAGGUGCUUUUUGUGAUGGGGAAACAAACAGUGCAAUUCAGCUGAAGCUACGUGGUGAGACAGCAGGCUGUUAGAGCAGGCUGCCUGCCUGGUGAGAUACUAGCACUCAGGAGAGAUCGGGGGUGAAUGUAGUGGAUUCCGCGUUGUAGCCGUAAAGUUUCUUCUCUUUUUAGUUUUUUUUUUUUGUUUGUUUUUGUUUUUGGGUUUUUUUUUGGUCAGAGAGUUGACUUUUGUGCUUUGUGGUAAAGCAGGGUCAGCAUCGCUGCAUGCUGCUUCUGGCCAAGCCUUCGUCGUGUCUCAACUACCUCUCCCAGGGCACUCCUGGGUAGCUCUGGAUGGGGCAGAACUGACACUCUGAGCCUGGAUGCCAAGAAGUUUCCUUUCAAAGCUUCUAUGCUGCUGCCUGUGCCAUAAAGGUUGUGCUACCGGCAUGGUGACACUCCCAGAUUGUUCCUGGCAGUGCUGAAAGCUUUGUGCCCAGGCACAGUGCUUCCCUCUGGAGUCUCAUAGGAGAUGCUGCUCCUUGGCCACCCGUCCUGGGCUGCGGGCUGCUCUGCCCGGUGCCAGGUGGCAGCAGCAGUCCCCAUGGUACUUCUAAGCAAGAAAAGCCUUGCUAGGAAAGAUAGCCUUGUUUUUAUUUGUUUUUAGCACUCUUCUGAUUAUGGAGUGAGAACAGCUGAGAUUGUACAAGAUGAGCCAAUGUGUUGUUUGGGUUGGGUUGUGGUUGUUUUUUUUUUUAAACUUCUGUUUAUUCUGAUGAUGUGAGGCAGUGCUGGAGAUGAAUAUGAUGUUCCUUCUGUGCCCAGGGAAGUUCCUGUGUACAGACAGGUGCAUCAGCGUGGCUGAGACCCCACUGAAACUUGCUGUGAGAGCCACGCUGCUCUGAAACCUGUGUCCUGAAGGCAAGGAGGCUCUGUGGGGACAUUGUUGUCUGGCACCAGCAUCUGCGCUUCCUUGCUGCUGCUGCCCCUUUCUCUUCCCUGGAAAGGGCCCUCUGGGGUAGCGCAGGAGGUACAAACCAACUGGGCAGAAAGGCUGUUUUAAAUGUUACUGUUGUUUCUGGUGGCGUACGGUGAGGCCAGCUCAGCUGGGCAAGUUGAGCUCGUGGUACGGUCCAGCGGGAUUUCCAAGGUCAGGGGUUGUUUGUGAUGGUGGUUUUAGGUUGCAGUUGGGAAGCAGUGUGGCAUCACCCUCACAGAAGGUGAGCAGUGUGCCUGUGCGUGGGGCUGCGCACUUUUAAAGCGUGUUUUUAAGGCCUUUUCCUUUCAUAACUGUGCCCUCCUGUCGCAUGCAAACUAGGUAUGCUGGUGAAAGACUUCAGUGUCCAUCCAAAACACCUGCUUUCUGAGGUGACUUGAGGUGUCUCCUUAUCGAUUCAAGUGCACCCAGAUGGCUUCCACACUAAAGCUGAGGAGAGAUUCCCUGGGGGAAGAGGCAUCCCAGUAAGUGAGUAAUGCAGGUGACACCGGGCAGAUGAAAGCUCCCUGCGUCCUGCCUGACACAGCUCUGGAGAAGUGCUCAGCAUGGGAGCUUGUUUCCUGCUGCAAAACAACCUGAUGCUGUUUGGGGGUUUGAGGAGGGAGGGGCGAACCUUUUUCUGCUGCCUCACUGAUGUCUUCCUCCAGGCUGACAGCGCAGGGCGGUGGAGCGGGAUGGAUGGUCUCUUAGACACACGUGGUCUCAACCUGUGGUGUUCAGCUGCAUUCAGAAAUUGAUAAGUAACUCAAUUCUUGUUGCUCCUUCUAUCAAACCUGUAGUAUCUGAUAUUCGAGGCUGUGUUGAGCAAUACUUGCACUAUAUCACCUGUCUGACCUGCUUCAUUUCUUCACCACAAAGCAGCUCUGAUUUGGGAGGGUGCCCUGGGGGCUUUGCUGGGACAUCACCCAUUUCAAAACCGUGUUAUCUGCAGCUCAGCUCUUAAGCAGGAGCUGUGGGGAAACAUGCCCUGGAGCGCUCAUCCUCCUAAAGCUGGCUCAGGCAGGGUAACCUCUGAGCUCAGACUCUGGGAGGAGGGAGUUACAUCAGGCUGUGGCACCUCGGUGCAGCCGGAGCCCGGCCUGCCCUUGCUGCUUGUGCUGCCCAUGAUGGCAGCAGAAAUCGGGGGGAGUCUGAGCACAGCUGGUGGUUUGGGAGCUGAAUUCCUCUUUGCUCAGUAAUUUCUCGGUCUGAUCUUCUGCUCCUGUACAGUAAAGAUCCCUGUAUUGGCACUUUAAGACUUUUUCCUCAUCUUCACUGUGUUACCUCACUAGUUUCUGAUAUUAGCAGACUUACAACAAGUUACGAUCUUCGCACUAACAGCUCCCGCAAUGAAUCUUGGCAUGUGUGUUUGUCGGCUUGCACCGCCCGAGCGCUGCUGUCCAACCGUCCUUCCACCACAAGCAGGGCGGGUUCCUCGCAGCGGCGGUGCAAUACUCACCAGCCCUCCUGCACCAAGCUGCCAGAGCCAGCGGUGCUGUGCAUGGCUGUCGCCUGCUUCUGUGAGUGCUACCAGCAUGCUCCCGCCUCCCGCAUGGCUGGCUCUGGCUCCCUCCUCUCCCUGCUGGCUGCCAAGGAGAGGAGGCUUCAAGCCUGACCAAGAAUUCAUCAGAGCAAAAGUCUCCCCCAGCUGUCUGCUGCCUGGCCAGGAGGGCAGGGCUCCCUUUUCUUACUCCUCCGCUUUCCUGUGCUGCUGUGCUCUAGCUAGUGCUGCUUUCCGAUCCCACCCUGAGGAGGGUCAGCCAUAGGAGUAGGCAAUAUUAACCCUACACAGGUUUCAUUUCUCAGAGAAUAGUGCUCGGAUUUACUUUCAUCCAGUAGCAAUCGUUUCUAAGCAGCUCCGAAGCUGCCUUGCCUUGACUAGGGAAGUACUGCCUAUACUCUAGCAAUAUUCACCAUUUUGUAAGGGGUGGGAGAGGCGCUUGAGGGGUGCGAGCUGACAGCUCCGUAACCCCAGGCCAGUUCUUUCAUUUUCAUCGAGCUAGGAGGCCCUGAGCCCCCGGUCUGGUGUUGGUGACAGCCCAUGCUGCGGAUUCAGCGUCUCGGGGAGCUGGGGCUUGUAGCAGCACUUUGAAAAAGCUCCUGUGAGAAGGUGCAAUGGGAAAUGCAGGGAGCGGCCCAGGCUGAAGGAGUGCCUGCUCCGCACGGUGCCCUGGUAGCACAACGUCAGAGCAACAGACUGUACCCCAGUAUUGGAAGGGUCACAGACCCACUGCACACUGGUCCCCGAGAUGUGUUUUAACUGGAAGGCAGAAACACAGGGUACCUGGUCCCGCUGGCCGCCUCGCUGCCGGCACGGGGAUGGGGCUGGGCAAAGCGCUGCCUCCAAGGGGUGCGAGGAGGCUGUGAUGAAUUCUCAUCUUAUUUUAAAGCACUGUAUCCUAUUACUGCAUGUGGAGUUACGUGUGUGUGCCUGUGCGUGCCGAAUGCUUGCGUCAGUAGUUAGUGCGAGUGUGACCGGGAGAAAUCAAAGAAGCAUGUCUUAGUGUCGUGCUGUAAGUGUUACUGCACAAGAGUUUAACAGAUGUUAACACCAAAUGACUAGUCUGAGAAAUGUACUUUUUAAAAAAAAAUUAUUUAUUUGGGUUCAGAUAUUUUUGAAAUACAAAAAAAAAAAUUGGUUGUAUUUUUUAAAGCUUAUAAUUCUUGUCAUACAUUGUGGUUAAAUUCUUAAUUUUACCGUGCUUAUUAAAAAAUGGUUCUACCUAA